CAACCCGCCAGCGUUCGCAAUGACCUCAGCCUCGUUUCGCAUCGAGAACCUCUAUGACCUCAAGGGCCGCAUCGCACUCGUCACCGGCGGAGGGACUGGUAUUGGGUGGAUGAUAACGCAGGGCCUUGCAGCUAACGGUGCAAAGGUGUACAUCGCUGGACGUCGCAAGGAUGUCCUCGAGAAGGCCGCAGCUUCUUUCGAAAAGACGGAAGGGAGUGGGGAGAUCAUACCUUUCGUCAUGGAUGCUACCAGUCGGGAGAGCAUCUCUGCCGCUCAGAAAGAAUUUCAGGCCAGAGAAGGCAGACUUCAUAUCCUCGUCAACAAUGCUGGCCAAACCGGGCCUGUUUCUCGCUUCUUUAACGACAUGUCUGCGCCCGAGCAUCAAUCUCCCGAGACGUUGGGCCAAGCCAUGUUCAACCACGAGUCCUUCGAAGAAUGGGGCCAGCUAUAUGCUAUCAACUCGACCUCGAUAUUCUUUGUGACGAUGGCCUUCCUCGGGCUGCUCGCGAAGGGCAGCGAAGAUCGUGCGAACUACACGUCGUGUGUGAUCAACACUUCCAGUAUCAGUGGACUCUGGAAGCUCGCACAGAACCACUUCUGCUACAACAGCUCCAAAGCGGCCGCCGCGCACCUCACGAAAAUGCUGGCCGCCGAGUUCGCGCUCAAGAAGAUCCCCGUGCGCGUAUGUGGAGUCGCGCCCGGGGUGUACGAGUCGGAAAUGACCCAGGAUCGAGUGACGAAAGACGAAGUCGACGGAAUCGCUAUGGGAGUUUCGCCUGUGCCUGCAAAGAGACCAGGAAGCGCGCAGGAGGUAGCAGGGGCGGUCAUAUUUCUUGUCUCUCCCGCCGGGAACUACACUAAUGGGCAAGAGAUUGUAGUAGAUGGCGGGGCACUUUGUGUCAAUCCUUCGACAGUCUGAUAGACUUCGAGCAACACAUCUAAAUAGCCAUGGAUGUAUUCAUACAGUAAUUUGCAUACAAAUACAUGAAUAGUAAGACUUAUAAGGUUUAACAUAAAUCAUAAAGUUUCCAGUGUCGUGAAGGGCGUAUGUAGCAUGUUUGUGGGCUAGUGUGUAUACUGCCGUAUCCUUCUUAGUCUCUUCGCCUCCGUUGUAUACCCCUCCUUCACCUCCUCCCCAUUUUGCCAGACGCGCACCCGGACACCCAUUCGCUCCGCCCUCCUCACCACGUCGCCGCCAAUGGCUCUGCAGUCCCUCAGCCACAAUUCUCCGAACCAGAUAACACCGCCGCCAAGCAUCCGCCGCACAACCUCAAGUACACCGUUCUCCGUCAGACGCUGCGAGGCAACAAUCUCGAGGACGGCGAGGGGCUGGAAGACGACGAACCGCGGCGCGUCAUCCGGCGUUAUGACGCGGUACCGCGACCGACACGUGUCGCCGAUCACGCCUAGCUUGCUGUCAUCCGUGCGCGACGAGCAGAGCACGAUGUGCUCCAGCCGCGGGACAUGAAAACUGAGCAGGCCGGCGACAAACAGCGGGUCGCACCACGCCGGGUCAAGGUGCAGGUAGGUAAGGCGCGGCAGGCGGCUGAGCACCUUGAGGAGCUUGCGCAGGCGUAGGAAAGGCGGGUAGUAGCCCGGGCCCAUGGUGCCUGUGCCCGGGCGUAGCGAGGUCAGAUGAAGCGUGCGCAAGUUCCGGAAAUGCAGGCGUGCAAGGAGCGAGAGGAGUGCGGACGGGAUGUCGGCGCUGCUGACCUCGAGGGUAAGCGUAUGCAGGGCGUCGAG